CUCCGCUGCCGCCGUUGUUCCAUUGAGCUAACCUCAACAUGGCAUCCGACGGACCGCCGGGCACCGACUCUCUCCCGUCCGAUUUGGGGAGUGCUAUUGCAGCUCUGAAUACAUGGAGCAUCCCGGAGCUUCAGGGCAAGCUGGCAGAGCUUGGAGUACCCAACAUGGGUCCCAGAGAGGAGUUGAUUGACAGACUGAAGGGCUACAUGAUGCAGACUGGGAUUCUUCUCAGCAAACCUACUGAUGAUAAACAAAUGGGCUCCCAGAUGCCAGGUAUCCCUGCCAUACCCCCAAUGCCCAUGCCGCCCAUGCCUCCUGGUAUGGGUAUGAUCCCAGCUAUGAGCAUGAUGCCUAGUGGGCCCCCUCCACCUGGUAUACACAUGGGCAUGGACCACUCUGUUUUGCCACCUGGCCUCACACAGGAUGAUCAGCUGAAGAUGGCUCAGCAUAGAGCAGCCAUGUUGUUACAGCAGGAGGAGAGAGCCAAGCAGGGUGAUUCCCAUGUCAUGGAUGAACAAGAUCUUUUGGAGCAACAGAAAAGGGCUGCAGUGCUGCUGGAACAGGAGCGUCAGCAGGAGAUGGCCAAGAUGCAGCCCAGGUCCAUGCCCACUGUCACCCCAAUCAGAGGGCCUCUGCCUCCAGGUGUCAGCAUGCUGCCAGUUCAGAAACACAGAGUGCCGCCUCCUCCUGGAGAGGAUAACAGAGAGAGCUGGCAGAGCGAGGAGAUGAGCGUCACUGGGCCCAAGAUCCCCCAGGCUCUGGAGAAGAUCCUCCAGCUGAAGGAGAUCAGACAGGAGCAGCUCACUGAUCCCACAGAGGAUGACGACGAUGAGGGAGGAGAGAUGGACAUGGCCAAUUCAUCCGCACCACUCAUGUCUGAGACAGAUGAUGACAGCCAGAUGUCUAAAAAAGAUAAAAACCGCAAACGCAGGAACCGCAAAAAGAAGAGCAAGAAGAAGCGAGCGCAGGAGAAGAAGGAGCAGGCAGAGCAGCAGCAGAAGGAGGGCAGCGACAAGGAGAAGGACAAGGAGAAGGACAAGGAGAAGGACAAAGAGAAGGAGCAAGAGGUGGAGAUCGAGUACGUCACAGAGGAGCCCGAGAUUUACGACCCCAACUACAUCUUCUUCAAGCGGAUUUUUGAGGCAUUUAAGUUGACUGAUGAUGUGAAGAAAGAGAAGGAGAAGGAGCCCGAGAAGUCGGAUAAGCACGAGACAGCUGUGCUGCGGAAAAAAGGAUUUGAGGAGGAGAAGAAAGACAGUGACGACAGUGAUGAGGAAAUCAGGCCGGAUGCCCCAAAACUAUCCAAGAAGAAGCUGAGGAGGAUGAACCGGCUGACAGUGGCUGAACUCAAACAGUUGGUGGCUCGUCCCGAUGUGGUGGAAAUGCACGAUGUGACGGCUCAGGAGCCCAAGCUGCUCGUGCACUUAAAGGCCACCAGGAACACGGUGCCGGUGCCCAGACACUGGUGCUUCAAACGAAAGUAUCUGCAGGGAAAGAGAGGUAUCGAGAAGCCACCGUUUGAGCUGCCCGAGUUCAUCAGGAGGACGGGAAUCCAGGAGAUGAGGGAGGCUCUGCAGGAGAAGGAGGAUGCCAAAACUAUGAAAACCAAAAUGAGAGAGAAGGUUCGUCCCAAGAUGGGAAAGAUCGACAUCGACUACCAGAAACUCCACGAUGCUUUCUUCAAAUGGCAAAUCAAGCCCAAGCUCACCAUCCACGGAGACCUUUACUAUGAGGGUAAAGAGUUUGAAACUCGUCUGAAAGAGAAGAAACCCGGAGAUCUGUCUGAUGAGCUGCGUAUCGCUCUGGGCAUGCCAGUUGGACCUAACGCCCACAAGGUGCCGCCUCCCUGGUUGAUAGCCAUGCAGAGGUACGGACCUCCUCCCUCCUAUCCCAACCUGAAGAUCCCUGGACUAAACUCUCCCAUCCCAGAGAACUGUACUUUUGGUUAUCACGCUGGAGGCUGGGGGAAGCCCCCGGUAGACGAGAUGGGCAAACCCCUUUACGGCGAUGUGUUCGGGACCAAUUCUGCAGACUUCCAGGCUAAGGCGGAGGAAGAAGAGGUGGACCACACAACGUGGGGAGAGCUAGAACCCUCGGAUGAGGAAUCAUCAGAGGAAGAGGAGGAGGAGGAGAGCGACGAGGAGAAGCCAGAUGAAACCGGAUUCUUCACACCAGCAGACAGUGGGUUGAUCACCCCGGGAGGCUUCUCAUCAGUACCAGCCGGCAUGGAGACCCCAGAGCUGAUCGAGCUGAGGAAGAAGAAGAUUGAGGAGGCCAUGGAUGGCAGUGAGACGCCACAGCUGUUCACUGUUCUCCCUGAAAGACGAACGGGCCCCGUAGGAGCAGCUAUGAUGGCCUCGACGCACAUUUAUGAAAUGUCAGCGGCCAUGGCCAGUCGUAAGGCUGGUGGAGGGCAGGAGUCGCAGGGUGUGGAGGUGGCCCUGGCCCCGGAGGAGUUGGAGCUGGACCCGAUGGCCAUGACGCAGAAGUACGAGGAGCACGUGAGAGAGCAGCAGGCUCAGGUGGAGAAGGAGGACUUCAGCGACAUGGUGGCUGAGCACGCAGCCAAACAGAAGCAAAAAAAGAGGAAGGCCCAGCCGCAGGACACGCGAGGCGGCGCCAAGAAAUACAAAGAGUUCAAGUUCUAGAGGAGAUGAACCAAAACGAAGCUCAGCGAGAGAGUCGUCCACCGCAGGAAAUGAAAGAGGAAGAGGCAGAUUUGAAUUUCAGAGGAUGCACACUGCAGCACCGAUCAUCUGUUAGCGCUUUAACAGUAAACUGUAAAUCAACAGCGUGGGCGUGUCUCGUGUAGUCAGUGUCACAUGACUGUGGCGAGGUGCAUUUUUCUGUGUUGAACUUUUUAAGGUCUUGGUUAUGUUUUUGUUUUGUUUUUUUUCAUGGUAACCAUGUUUUUUUUCUGUUUUUUGUAAAUAAAUGACGUGACAACACGAGUUCACAAUCU